ACGGCUGCUCUGGCUCUCCUCCCCCCUCCCUCCCAGUGUCAGAGCUAGUCUCGGCCCGGUGUCCAGGAUGGGGCGGAGGGAGCGCCUUCUCCUUCCCCUCGCCCGUCUGCUCGAGUAAUGGCGGGGAGCCCACAACGUUUCUCUUUGCCCCCUGGUUUCGCAUGAGAAGGGGGAGUGAGAUGCGCCCUUAAGCCUGUGUAGGGAAGGGGAUGGAGCAUAAAGUAGCUUUCAGAGGCACCAGCCGCUAUAGUGCAGAGCCCAGUGGAAGACUGACGGAUGUGUUCAAUAACGUUAUCAUGACAGGUUGCAGCUCCUUCUAUGAUUGCUACAAAUUGCAGAGUGAAGAGAAUGUAGACUUACGGCAGACUUACAGUACUUCACUUUCUACAGCCUCUGAAUGUUCAAACCAUGCUGACUCUUCUCUUUUCUAUGUCCCAUGGUCUACAUAUGCAGAUGAUAUUAAACAACUCCCUAGUUCUCAGAUUAGUGUAAAGAACAGGAUUCAGACUGAAAUAAAUGACUAUGGCAGUGAAACAGAUUUAUAUGGACUUGUAUCUAACAUCUUGGAAGAACAAGAUAAAUCACAGCCAUAUUUUGCUGAGGGGGCAUGUGCCUCUGGUUUAAAAUCAGUAUGGCCUGUGAGCACAACCCGAUUUACAGACCACCCUGACUUGCUGUCUGAAACAAAGAGGCCGGUAGAUGGAGCCAUUCCUCAACAAGCUUUUUAUGGUGGAGAAACUUUACCAGUGUCUGACAAACAAUAUCUGCACGCGGGUAACAUAACCUUGCAACAGAAAAUGGAUGAUCUUUACCAUGGGCUCACUAAUAUAGAUCUUGAUGAGCAAUGGUUGUACCCUUCCAGGAAUGAUCAUGUCAGCUGCUAUAAUAUUCAGACCAAUGAGAAUGCAAAGGCAUCACAGUUUCAGGACUAUUCGUAUGUGAAAACAUGUUUUACCCCACAAACCAGUCUUUCGGAAGUGAUAAAAGAAUCGGGAUCAGAUACUUAUGCUUAUGGAAGGGAUAAGGUGGGGCCUAAAGGGCAUGAUGCACAGGUGCACCAAAAAAGAGCUGAGAUGUUUCUUUCACAAUUUAAUAGGUACAGUGACAGUGCUGAUUAUUGUAGAUACCUUGAUUACUCUCAUCCCAAUAAAGCAAAACAUAAUAAAAAUGCAAAUUAUGGUGUUCAAGAGAGUAAAAAAUUGCCAAGUGGAACACCUGAGUUACCAGCCUUAGAUACAGAUAAUUAUAGUAAACUUUUUCAAAAUAAAUCAGCUGUCCAGAAGAAAAUGGAAGAUGCCUCUUCAGAACAGCAGAAUUUUGCAUUCCAGAAGACCACAGGACUCAUGUCAGAAAAGCAAUUUGUGAAUGAAACUUCAUUUACCCCUGACUUUGGUUUAAAAUCAGACUUUGCUUUAAAGUCUCACACAGCUGUCCCAGGGAGUAGUGAUUUUGCAAAUGCUGCAGAAAAUUCUGAAUAUUUCAAAUCACUGAAUAUCUUAUCAACAAACUCAGUAACUACUUCUUCAUCAAGCACAAAUGUAAGGCCAACAUGGAUCAGCAUCCAGACCAAAAACAGUUCCUCUGUCCCUAUUCGGAAUCAAGGCACCAUGAUAAAGUUGAAUAAUCAUUUAUCUGCUGGUUCAAAAGGUUCCAAUCAUUCUUACGAUUUUUCUCAGUUGCCAUCGACCAAUGUAACUUUAAACAGUAAUUUGUUGCUUCAGAAAUAUUGCCAAGAAACCCCCACAGUGUUUUCCAGUUUUGAUUUCAAUGAUGGCAAUACUCCAGACCGGGUUCAGUCUGUGAGUCAUACAGAAGGACUGACUAAAGUAGGAGAAGAGAGUCUCUUUGAGUCAAUUAUAGACAAAAAAAUUAAGCCAUCGAAUGGUUUUUGUGAUAAUUAUUCACAGCAAUAUGGGAUAAUAGAAAAUGUGAACAAGCACAAUUUUCAAAUUAAGCCACAGAAUGGGCAUUAUGAUGCUGAAGAAGGACAAAAGCAUCUAGACGGACUGUCACAAAACACUUAUCAAGAUUUAUUGGACUCUCAGGGUCACUUCAGUAGCCACAGGCAAGGAAGUGGAGACAAUAAUAUUGUCAAUAACCGUGUGAAUCGUACUCAGGCAUCUUGCUUUUCAAACAAUUUCAUGAUGGGUGAUUUGAGGCACAGUCCAAGUGUCUCACAACUUGGUUCAAGCAGAUUUCCUUUAAAAUCCACCCAUCCAUUUGGACACUCUGUCAUUCCCCUGAUGGAUUCCUAUGAUUUGUUCUCCUAUGACGAUUUAAGCCAUUUGUAUCCUUAUUUUAAUGAUAUGAUGUAUGGAGACAGUUCUUUCACAGGCUUCAUGCCAACAUUUGGGUUUCAAAGACCAAUGAAAACUCGGAGUGGAUCAGCCAGUGAGCUUCAUAUUAGACUGGAAGAAUGUUAUGAACAAUGGAGAGCAUUGGAAAAAGAACGGAAAAAGACUGAGUCAGCUCUUGCCAAGAAUUACCCAGGGAAGAAGGUGUCAAGCACUAAUAAUACUCCAAUUCCAAGACUGACAUCUAACCCAUCCAGAGUUGAUCGUUUAAUUGUGGAUCAGUUACGAGAACAAGCCAGAGUUGUGACUUUGCUGGGAAAGAUGGAACGUCUUCGAAGUUCUCCCCUUCAUGCUAAUAUCUCUACUGCUCUUGAUAAACACCUGGAAGCAAUUCACAUUGUGCAGUCCCGUAGAAAGGAUGAAAUCGUCAAUGCUUCACAUCGGCAGAGACAAGGAGCCCCACGGUGUCAAGAUGACAGAGAUGUCUUUGCUCUUGCACUGGCUAUCAAAGAGAUGUGUAUAGCAACACGCAAAGCACGUACUAUCCUGUGGUGUGCUCUUCAGAUGACUUUGCCAAAAACAACCCCUACAGCUGGACCAAUGAAGACAGAGAAGACAUUACAGGAGCUAGUUCAGCCUGAAGAUAAGCCCUAUGAACAGAUUAAUAGCAACAUCCCUGUGAUCCAGAGGGGAGAAACAAAAAAACAUUGAGGAAAAGUAAAUCAGAUAUGAGUGUACAAUAACACUGUACUAAAGGUUGUAAAUGAACUUUUUAAAGCUUUUCUUUCAAAUUAAAAGUAAAGAGAUAGAUGAACAGUAGUUUGCCUACCCUAAAUCCAGCAGCUAACUGAUUAGUAGCUGUUAAUGUCACACAUUUCUUUGUUUGUGUUAGCAGAAUCAAUAUAUUGAUGAGGCAGAUCUAAUAUGUUAGGUUAAAUAAAUCAGAAUAUUUUAAACUGCCAAAAUAGAACUAAAAUCCAUUCCGCGAUGCAGGCAUAUGCCAAUGGGAAUGGCAUAUUCUUUUAGGUUUCAUUAGUAAAUCUGUUUUCAAAUAAUGAAUUUGAAUUACUGUAACACACUACUGGCUGCAGUCUGGUAAAGACAAGUUUUGAUUGUGAUUAAAAAAAUAUUUUUUUCUUCAGACAAUGAGUACCUGGAAACAGGAAGGAAACAGAGAUAAACACACCCAGUAUGAAUGUUUAACAAAUAAAAAUAUUUAAAAUUGACUUAUUUAUGAAUUUGAAAUCUUAAUCUAAACUUAAAAUUGACCAGAUUUUCUUAAAUUAGUGAUGUUAUCAUAAUGCCAUUUAUCCAACCAUGCAAGUUAGGGAACUUUAAAAACCUUCUGAAAUCAUUUGUGCCUAUUCUUUUAAAUAAUAUCAAUAAAAUAUUGUAUGUUUCAAAGUAUUUAAAUGUAAUCAAAAUUACAUUUAUAUUAUCUCUUUAGCAGUUGCUCUGCAACUCCCUUGGUUUACUACUUUUAAAGAGGGUAUCAAGAAGUUCUGAAGUGCACUUUCUUUAAAGUUACUCUUUAGCCAGUUUGGUUUGAGAUUGUUUGAUGUAUAUUUUGUUAUCUUAGUUUGCUUCUGCAUUCUUUAGCACUGUUGAAAGCUUGUUUUUUCCCUUAAUAUCUAUUACUAUCUUUUUAUUGAAUGUGAGUAAUUUAUUCAAUUAAUAUGUUAUUAUGUGGCUCAGGAGAUCUUGGGUUUUAACAGUCUAGCAUGAAGAUAAACUAUAUAAUGUCUGGAUAAAAUUUACUGACCUACCCUUGGCUAGGUACACUGAUAUUUUAAAUAUCUGUGUUCUUCCAGCUUUUAGAAAUCCUGGUAUGCUGAACAGUGUAAUCAAACCACAUAAAUUGCCUUUAGAUGAUGUAAGGAACUGAUUGAGAUUACAGGAAAAACUGUAGGGAACCAUUUUGAUCAUUGAUGUGACUUUCCAUGCUGCCAAAAUAAACUACAUAUGGCAGCAUACCACCAUACCAUAGCAGCCACUGCACAAAGAUGGGUUGAGUUUGACAUUAAGAUGUGUUACAUGUUAUGAAAAUAAAUAUUGUACUAAUUUUAGUCUUCUAAUAAACUGGCUUUUGUUGAAAAGCA